GAGGUUGUAGGGUAUGAAUAAACGCGCACUGUUUGACAUAUGCGUAAUUUCACUCACAAGUUGUUUGUGUAACGUGUUAAGAAGCCGACUUUACUAACAUUCAUUUUCGAUUGUCAGAUCAUUUUAAUCUCACUUCCGCAAUACUGGCUUCAAACAAGAUCCCAGAUACUCAAAUCCCAUUGGAAGACUUACUCAAGGCGUUUGUUGCCGUCUGGUCGCGUUGCAUACCACACUUAUAAUUGUAUCAUAUCAAUAUCAAUUGAUAUUGAGUUGAAAAAUGGCAAGUGGCAUGAUAACAUUAAUAGCCGAAAAUCAAAGUUUUCUAGUAAGUUGUCUAUUUCGCUCAAUUUUCACGAAUUCAGUAACCCCGUAGUAUUUGGAUAUGAAUAGUUUAGUUUGCAGGCAUACAUGUAGGCUUACAAUUGCGAUUUAUAUAAGCCAUAAUCGCCAUCCUUGUGAAAUAGUCGAUGGCAGUUUUUGUUGGUGUUUUAUGACCGAAAAUUUAUUUAUUAUGACGUUGAUACCGUCUUGGAUCUACUACCUAGAAUCAUUCUGUAUCCCAUCUGUUUGCUUCUUGUUAAUCCUUGAUCUUCGCCUAGCUUUUUUGUGCUAUCAUAAAGUGCCUUGAAGGAUCGUUUGCCAAUUUCAAAGACUAAUCAGUUAAUACCCGAACUGAUUAUACUUAAACUCACUUUUAAGUAAGCGUUCAAUGUCGAUGUAUGUAGCCAUUGAUGUAAAUGUACUCACUCAAUUAUAUGGCUGUUUGAAUAAACCCUGCAAAUCUUUUUUAAUCAAAAAUCAGACAGCUAAUUAUGGGCUAACAAUUAUCCAGGUAUUGAGAGGAGUUGGAACACUACAAAUAUCAUCCGGAUGAGACAGGGUUAAGUGAUUUGCGGAAAAAGUCAGGUGAUGGCUGGUUAUCGAAUUUCGUUUUGCCCCAAACAUACUGGUGAUAAAUAUCUUUCAAUUAACAUUGUGAUAAAAUGGAGUCCUUUUGUUGAACAGACUAACGUCGUUCCUAAUUUUAUGGAUUGUGGGUAAGAAUGUAGCUCAUUUAUUUCUAAGUUCUAGUUGAGUUGUACUUGAAUAUGACUCAUACAGCCUGUCAAAAACCAGCUGUCAUCUAGUCACUACUCUGGACCAUGGUACUUACUUGCGCUUGUUACUCCCAAUUGAGCAUAGGCCGCCGACCAGCAUUCUCCAACCCACUCUAUCCUGGGCCUUUCUUUCUAGGUCUAUGCAAUUUUUGUUCAUUCUUCCUAUGUCUGUUUCCAUUUCUCAGCGUAAUGUGUUCUUUGGUUUUCCUCUUGCCCUUCGGCCUUGAGAAUUCCAAGUGAGGACUUGUCUUGUGACGCAGUUGGGUGCUUUCUUCAAUAUGUAUCCUAUCCACUUCCAGCGCUUCUUCCCGAUUUUUUUCCUCGACUGAAAUCUGGUUCUUUCUCUCCCACAGUAGGUUGUUACUGAUAUUGUCUAGCCAACAAACCUGAAGUAUUUUGCGUAGACAACUGUUAAUAAACACUUGUAUCUUGUGGGUGAUGGCUUUCGUAGUUCUCCACGUUUCCGCCCUAUAUAGUAGAACACGGUAGAUAUAGUGGUAUUGUAACUCAUGCUAUUUAUUUAUUUUAUUUUAUUUUAACACAUAGACAUUGGUACAAGGAGGCACCAAAUACAUAUGCGCCACACAAAUCUCAUUCGAUAUGUGUGAGGGCUGUGAUACUGCCCGGGUGCCCAAACCGAAGCAGGUGGUUUUUUUAGGGGGCCACACCCCGAGCCUUUGACCUGAAGGUCUGAUCCACAAGGCAGUGGAGCAUCGUGAGGAAAUGCAGUUCCAUGGAAGCCGGUGACUUGAAAGUAGAAUUUAAAAUUAAUCUAAUACUACCCUAACACUCCCUAGAAGAUACGUUAUUUAUGUUAAGGUUAUUGAUGCGUUGAGCGAAAUUAGAAGUAAUGUAUACCACCAAAUAUCAUCCUUACACUGAGUAUGAAAUCUUUCCAAACUUUCACGCGAUAAUAAGCGUAGAUACAUUGUCUGUGUAGUUAUUGGACUGUUUACCAUGUGUUACAAAACGUUUAUAACGUUAGAGUGGGAUUUUGGCAUAAAAUAUUUCGUGUUUUUUUAAAUUGUCUAUAACUUAAUUUAAACGGUGUAUUUAUCUGUGAAAAGCAGUGUACGUUCUCAUACGUAGCAAACGUCUACUCAUAUAGCUUUACUUAUAAGAAAAUGAUGAGUAGCUAGAUUUCACCGAACUGAUUCCUGUUUUACUAACUGUAAACAUUAAGUCACAGUUUAAUAGUUACUUCUGGGGUUAGAUGAUUGAGAUUAAGUUUAGUGCCGGUUCAACAUGAGCUGUCGAAUGUUGUACAUAAACAGACUACUCUUUUAAGUUAGUUGCACUCUUUAAAUCAGUUCCAUCCCAUUGGUCAUUCAAUAAUUAGUUUUCUGUUCAUUUCAGGUACCUCGUGAUGUACUAACUAAAUCUAGUCUGUAUUUUUAUGCUGCUUUUGAGAGCGGUAUGACUGAGAGCAAAACCAGCCAGUUCAGUUUUCCUAAUUUCACUGCUCACCAGUUAGCUAUGGUUGUUCAGUUUCUGCGACCUGAAUUAACUAUUCAGGAUGAUGCUUUAAACAACCAUAGCAGUGGAUUAAAUAACUCUUGUCCAGAAACGCUGAAAAUUUUAGAAGCUUUGGAUUUGGCUGAUGCAGCAGAUUACUUUCAAAUGCCCAAACUUAUUCAAACUUGUAUGCAGAGAAUAUCUCAUAUCAUGAACGAGUUAUUUCAACCUAAAUCCAUUCAACUUCAUGAAUCACAUAGCUGCGAUAUAUUCUCAAUAAUAUUAAAAGAGUUUGCGAAAGUGUCCCACUGUGAAAAUGGUUGUGUUAACAAACUUUUUUCUGAAUACACCAUAAAAUACCCUCAUUUUAUCCUCAGACCAUGUCUUUCAGAUUCAAACUUACAGCAUCUUCUUAUUAAUUUGGCUAUAAGCUAUUUGUCGAAAAGUGUCAUAUGCAUACCAGACGAAGACAUAAUUUUAAAUAUUGUUCUUAGCUGGUUACAGAUAUUGAAACCAACUGAGUUUUAUACAGAAAAUACUGUUCAAUGCUUUUUGCAAUGCGUUCGUCCCGGCCUUCUUUCACUAGACGGUCAAGAAAGGUUAUUAGAUUAUUGGCGCAACCAACAUUCUGAGUUGAAGUGGUUUGGAAAGCUGACAUGUGCAGAUAUGGAGGUAUUUUUUAAAAGUAUUCCAAAUGGGGGAAUCUUUUGCAAGUCUCCGUUAGCUUCUCAACUCCAGCUUUUGCUAGUAAAGCCUAGAGCCGAAUCUCUGUGUUUACUUGGGUUAGCUCCAAGUCGUUCUAGCAACUCAUUAGAAUUUUGGCUUUUCAAUCUUCACAAUGGAGCUUAUCAUAACUACCCCAUACCUGAUAAUUGUCUGCGGGAACUUGAUCUGGACUCCUCUGGUGUUGGUGACAUAGAUCAUCGCAUUUACUUCUGUCCAGUAACGUACGGAUCCGGUUCUUAUCAAAGUAAUUUGUUUGUUAUGUGUUUUGAUCCAAACAAUGCAACAUUAAAUGGCUUUGCUUGGUGUUUGGCUUCUUGUCGUGCAAAACUCAUCCCUCGUUUGCUUCUUUCUCCCACGAACAACAGAAAUGGUACUAUCAAUUCUUUCUGCUUCCGAUCUAGACGAAUCGGUGUAGCUACGUUGUCCAGUGGUCUUUACAUGUAUUAUCUUUCUUGUAUACAAGAGGUCGCAUGGUUGUGUGCAUUUCGAUUUGAUCUGAGCACUUGGAACUGGUAUGGGAUGGAACCUUAUUGUUUGUCUAGGAACCAGAAUGGGAUGAUGUUAUUUACACCAAUCGAACAGUUAAAUUCUAUCCCACCUGACGACUGGGUAUACGCUAAUAUUGAGACAGUUUCGUCGAAUAACUCCAGACACCCACGUCACGGGCUUCAUCAAACUUCAGCACUUCGGUCACAGUUCUUUCGAUUUCGUCCGCGACCUGAUGGAAAUGCACUAUUUGUAGAGAAUCUACCUAAUCCACCUUUCCUCAUCAGAAUGUACCGUUUGCUGGCUAUCAGUUGCUCUCUGCAAGGUAACUUUAGUGAUAAGACUUAUUUGUUUCCUAUGGGGACUUGCUCUCGUGAUUUAGAGGCUACACACUAUUGUUUUGACACGUUUUCCUGCCAAUGGCUUCGAUGGAAACCGGUUCAGACGUCAGAUAUCGAUGAGUUAAAUCCCAUUAGACAACAUCCUUCUGAAGACAUUGAGCUAACGUUUAAUCUAUGUCCUAAAAUUCUUGGUUUUCGUGGUCUUGUUUGUGCUACACACAUUUUGAAUAGAUUGGAUGAAAACAAGUUAUUAUUAUCUCGAGAAACUUACGUUCAGAACCCUGAUGGUGUUAAAUCAAACGAUCAUCCACUUUCCUCAUUCGUAAAUGGUUCAAGCUAUAAUGGAAGCUUAAAUUCUACAAAUGAAAAUAGAUUAACAACAUUGUUGGUUUUAGCUGGUAGACCGGAUCAAACUAAACAUGUGAUAUCUGGGAUAUGGUUUCAUCACCCUCAAGCUUGUAAUAGUUCGGACGAAACAAUUGGAUUAUUCAAUUCUCAAAAACCAAAUUAUUUUCUACCAACUGCAAUCGCUCAAACCCUGGGACAAUACCUUUCCCCAACAGCAGUUGUAUUGGCUAACUGGACACAUAUUGUACAAUCUGUAAAUCCUAUCGCUUUUUUAACUAAUUAUUCUAAACAAGAAAACUGUGAACUAAACAAAUUCUCAUAUAUUUACGGAAACUUUCCUGAAAGCUCCAACUGGUCAUGGGAUAGUGACUAAACAACAAAUUUUUCUUGUGAUAAAAGAUAAGUUAGUCCAUAAUUGCAUUUUUUAAAAUUGUAUAUUGGUUAGUGCAAUAUGCAAAGGAAAUCGUUGUAUCAUAUAUCACUUCAUUAGAUCCACUAGUUCCUCGUUUUCACAGUUAUUCCCACUGUUGCAUUUAUUUUGUACUUCCAAGAGUUAACUUUUAUAUAUUUUAAUGUGCGUUAAGUUGAUUGUUUAUAUUUUAUGUAAGUGCCUUUAUUUCCAGAUUUAAAAUUCCCAGUCAGUAUUCUUGUAAUAUCUUAUUUUAUUUAUCUCCCAUUUAAUAUUACCCAUAUGUAAAAUGUGUUCUGUGUCCUACAUGAUAUAUUUUUCAUUAUCCAUACCUCAUUUAAGUAGAAACCUUUGAUAGUACAACCCACUUAUUUGCUUUAUCAGCUGUAGUUAUUUUCUUAAUAGAUUUUAAUUUCACCUUAAUUUAAGAAAACAGUUUCAGAACC